AUGCAGAUCAAGGUACGAACACUGACCGGCAAAGAGAUCGAGCUCGACAUCGAGAGAGACUACAAGGUCUCUACGAUCAAGGAGAAGGUCGAGGAGAAAGAGGGCAUCCCGCCUGUCCAGCAACGACUGAUUUUCGGAGGAAAGCAAAUGGCCGACGACAAGACCGCGGACGACUACAGCCUCACCGGAGGCGCAACACUCCAUCUGGUCCUCGCUCUCAGAGGUGGAAAGCAAUAA